GCUUCCUCCAUUCUUCUAGUUUACACCUGAACUCUACCUGAAGAAAACCCUGCUACCCAUCAUGGCCUCCAGCAUCUCAGUGAGAAGUUUCUCUAUGAACCGUCAGCCCUCUUUUUCCAGUCGGUCUUUGAUGGACACCGGCCGGGCUCGCUCCCGGGCCUCUGUCUCCUUUGCUGCAGCCAGCCCGCUGACCCGUUCGGUAUCUAUCAGCCAGGAUCUCAAUGGCCCACUCAGCCUUCAACUUAAUGGACUUCAUGGCAACAGCACCAAUGAGAAAGAGGCCAUGCAGAGUCUCAACAGCCGACUGGCCAACUACCUGGACAAGGUGCGUUCACUGGAGCGCUCUAAUGCUGACCUGGAGAUGAAAAUUAAGCAGCUGAUGCUCGACCGCAUUCCCAAAGGUCAUGAUCUUGAUUCAAUGAUGGCCCAAGCACAUGCUGUUGAGCAAGAGGUGAGGAAGAAGACCUUGGAAAAUGCUCGUCUCAUGUUAGAGAUUGAUAAUGCUAAACUGGCUGCUGAUGACUUCAGAAUCAAGUGGGAGACGGAGUUGGUGAUGUGUCAGUCUGUGGAAAGAGACUGCGUUGCUCUGAAAAAGGCUAAAACCGACCAUGAGCAGAUCAUUGCCUCACUAAGAGGAGAUUUGGACAGCCUCAAAGAAGAACUCUACUUUUUAAAGAAAAACCAUGAGGAGGAACUUGAUCAGAUGAAGUCUCGCAUCGCCAGAGAUGAAGUGAAUGUAGAGGUAGACUCAGCCAGUGGACCAGAGCUGGGCAGCAUUCUGUCUGAGCUGCGCUCCCAGUAUGAAGGAAUUGUCAAGAAGAACAAGGAGCAGGCGGAGCAGUGGUACCGCAAGAAGCUUGAAACGGUGCAAAAUGAGGUGAAGGAGAGUAACGAGGCCCUGAGAGGAGCACAAGGAGAGCUGACAGAGAGGCAGCGCUUCCUGCAGACUCUGGAGGUGGAACUGGAGAGUCUGCACAAACAGAUAGCAGCUCUGGAAGGUAACCUGGGUGAAACAGGCCAGAAAUAUUCAUCUGAGAUGGAGCGUCUUCAGGCCACCCUGAACCAGAUGGAGGAUGACCUCUCCCAGCUCCGCUUGGACAUGCAGCGAACCAAGACCGACUAUGAGCAGCUCCUUCGAAUCAAGCAGAACCUGGAAAUGGAGAUUGCUACCUACAGGCGCUUGCUAGAGGGAGAGGAAAUAGUCAAAGAAGUUCCUCCUCCACCUAAAAAGGAGCCUGAUGUCCGCACCAGGAAGAUUGUGAAAGUGGUGACUCAGACGAUGGUCAAUGGCAAAGUGGUGGAUGAAUCCAGUGAGGUGGAGCAAAUUGAGGAAACAAAGAAAUAGUAAAAAAAAAAGAAAGAAAACUUGCCUAAAGUUAAAUUAAAUGGAAUUUUUUUAACAAAUAGAGAGAAAGAGUAGUAAAUACAUAAAAAACAAAUAUUACAAUGUUAACCUACAUAUUAAUUGUUUGGAUUGAGAAUAGGCAUCAUUUAGUUUUACAUAAAAAGCAUGUUAUGUAUGGGUCAUUUUGGGGCAUUACUCAACAAUGAAUGUUAUGUAAUUUUGGAGAAAUGUUUCCUGACAGUGAUGCUUAGAUUUUAUUUUUACAAUUUGGGAAUGAAUAGAUUAUCGCAAACAAAAUGCACGUGCUUAAAUCUUUUGCUGGAAAUCUGUGUGAAGGGAACUAGCGUUGUCAUCACUCUAUUCAUACUAAUAAAAAGCUAUAAAAAUAGUAUAUAUAGUUACAUAUUUAUUUCUUAGCAUGGUAAAGUUUACUUUAGUUAUUACAUUAACAAGAAAAGCAUUUAACUGUGGUUUUUUGACUGUAUUCUGAAUAAAAAAACAUCAAUUAA